AUGGCCCACGUCCUGGCUAUCGUGAUCGUUGUUCAAGGAAGGGGCGACGAUAAGUGCUACGAGUGUGGCGGACGCGGGCACUUUGCACGCCAUUGCCGUGAUCGGAAGGCCAGGCAGCGACGCAGAAGCAACUCGUUCAGCAGAUCACGCAGUACAUCCCGUCGCCGACGCACUCGCUCCAAAUCCGGCACCCGUUCACGCAGCCGUUCUGCUGGCUCCGCCGGCCGCCGCUCUGGACGAUCAAAUGGACGCGAGGAGAAUGGAUCGGUGACCCGAUACAGUGACCAUGAGCGCAACGGUAGCGGAGCUGUGGAAUCAUCGCCACCACCGAAGAGGCGCUAUGACGACGAUGAUGAUGACCGCGUUUGGGCAUCACGUUCAAGAUCCCGGUCUAGGUCGGCGUCACCGGCAGCGCGUCGUGGAUCGCCGCCCAGGCGCCGUGGCGAUUCGUCCGCCUCGCGAUCACCGUUCAGGGACUAGCGACACCGGAUGGAGGCAGACGAGGCCAGAAUGGCGAAUAACCGGCCCUGAGAGCUGCAACCCCAAAUGCCGGAGAAGUGGGGCGACUGGCAACUGGACUUCCCGCAUUCCCAAUCCUUACAUAUAUAGCAAGACAGAUUUCCAAAUACUUUUCAUGCAGUAUCCUCCCGUUUUAAAGUUUAGUUGUCCAGAUCCAUAUUAGUUAAGGACUUAAUCUAUAGUGGAACUCGAGUGAAGCACAUGCUAAGGAAGAGAGCUUUUUUUGAAUGUCAUCAUCUGACAGAGGAAGACAUUUAAGAACGGAUCGGCAGACGAUUAGUGUAUCGAUCUAGUCAAGUUUGCUUUGUAAAACUUAUUUGCUUUUGAAAUUAUUAAAUUGCUAACCCUGGAAUCAUACUCGAAUGCUAACUAAGGAGACGAGACGAAGCACCAUUUUCAUGUCAAUUCUAAACAUUUUUUUUGAUGGCCCAUAAUAAUACAAUCUCAAUACAUUUGAUAAUUCGACUCCAACUCUG